AUGGAAGUCGAAUUAAAUAGCAACCACAAUGAUGCUUUUUCUGCAUCAGCAAUUAUUGGAGAGAAAUUGUUACGCGGGUGGACAUUAUUAAAUGCCAGUUGCCACAUCGAAGAAAGUUUUUGUGCAUAUUGCAAUUUAUAUAUUAGAAAAGAAAAAUGUGAAAAUGAGGAAGAACCCAAAAAUAAUAAUACAUCUUUAGAAAAUAAAAAAAUAAAUAAAACCAUUAAUGAAAAUGAGAAUAAUGAAGAAAUAAAAGAUACUAUAAAUAAUACAAAAAAUAAUAAUAUAUUUGAAAACUCAAAUAUAAAAUAUAUAAAAGAAAUAAAAUUACAAAAUGAUGAGUUUAAUGAGAUACUAAAUAAAAAUAAUAUUUUUCAAAAUGAAAUUAAAAAUUUAUUUGAAUAUAAAAAUUAUAUAAAGGAAAGAUGUGGAUAUGAUGUUGGCAAAUGGUUAAAAGUAGACAAUAAUAAUUUUGAUCAAAAAAAGGAAGAUGCAAAUUCUUACAUAAAAAAAAACAAUUUCGAUAAGAGCGGCAUUGAUAAGAGUGGUAGUAAUAAUAAUAUGGAUGUCCCCGAUUUACAAACAAAUAAAUAUAGUCAAAUAGAAAACGAAUUAUUAAUUUUAAACAAAACAAAAUAUACUCUUAUUAAAAAAUUAGAAAAAUAUUCCCAUAUCUUAGAUAGUACAAAUAUAAAAGCAGAAGAAUUUGAAUAUACUAAUGAAAUAAAAAAAACUAUAGAAAUAUUAGAAAAAAUAAAUAACCUAAAAAAAAACCUUGUUAUAUAA